AUGCGUGCUACCGGUCUUGUUUCCCUUCUUUUGGCCGCCGCGCCAGCCUUGGUGUCCGCUAAGGGUACUCUUGGUUUUUCCCUCGGUGACAAGAAUGCCGACGGUACCUGCAAGUCGACCAGUGACUAUGAGGCCGACUUCGAUGCCCUGAAGGACCUGUCUACUCUGGUCCGUACCUACUCCGGUACUGAGUGCGACACUCCCCAGAACAUCCUGCCCGCUGCUAAGAACAAGGGCUUCAAGGUCGUCCUGGGCAUGUGGGUUGGCAAGCCUACCGACACCAACGAUCUGCUGUCCGAGCCUUCCUUCGCGGGCGACUGGUCCGCCAUUAAGAAGGCCAUCCCCGGUCACGAGGACGUCAUCCACGCCAUCACCGUCGGUUCCGAGACUCUCUACCGCGGAGACUUGACCGGACCUCAGCUCCACACCUACAUCGCCCAUGUCAUGAACGAGGUCCCCAAGGGUGUCUUGGUUGGUACCGCUGACAGCUGGAACAAGUUCGCCGACGGCACCGGUGACGCUCUUUUCACCCAGGAGCCCAUGGUGACCUACGUCUUGGCCAAUGCCUUUGCUUACUGGCAGGGUACUGCCGCCGACGAGGCCCACGGAACUUACUUCAAGGACAUGUCCGGUGCCAUCGAGCACAUUCAGAAGAUUGCCGGCGACAACGCCAGCAAGAUCAACAUCGUUAACGGCGAGACUGGCUGGCCCACCGAUGGCGGCUCCGACUAUGAAGCUGCCAAGGCCGGCACCAAGAAUGCUGAGACCUUCUGGAAGAAGGGUGUUUGUGGUAUGCUUAACUGGGGUGUCGAUCUCUUCUACUUCGAGGCCUUUGACGAGUCAUGGAAGCCCGAUUCCAAGGGUGACAACGGCCAGCUCAAGGACGAACAGCACUGGGGUCUCUUCACUGCUGACCGCAAGGUUAAGUUCGAUACCACUUGCAAGCAAUGA